AUGAUGAUCCCCAGCCACUCAGGACUCACCCUCUUCAGCCCCUCCGCGGCCGUCAAUUUCGCCUCUCCAGCAGUGGCGAUGGUGACGCCUAUGCCGACCGCCGUUUUGAACGAAAUCAAUAACGAGGUCAAGCCGGAGAACCGGAAGUUGGCAUCCCCACCCCGGCCUUUCUGGCACGACGGACCUCUGCCCGACGCCUUCGCGGGCCCGCUCUCCGCCCACGAGCUCGCCGGCAUCGACGCGCUGGCGAAGCGGGGCAAGAAAGAGUGCGUCAGCAUCUACCUCUGCACCGAGGAGAACUGGGGAGGCGUGUGCCACUGGGCCUGUUUCGACAGCGGCCAUCACAUGUACCUCCGCUCGCAGUGGCGUUCCAGGAUCAAGUCCAUCCGGACCAGCGAAGGCGCCGAGUGCAAGUUCUUCUUGUAA